GUUUUGUCCUGCAUAUGUUAUUGUAAAUCGUGAUCUUGCAAACAAAUAAGCUUUUACUACAAACCGGGGAUUGCUUUCGCGCUCAACACGCGCUUCUUACAUAACUAUCGUUCCAGAACACGUUCCUGUGAGAGCGCUUGAAUACUGUAGUAUCAUCCGCUACUUCUUUGAUUUGAAGUAAUUGCAUGCUUGUCAGCGUUUUGUAACCUCCCGCCGGCAGCCAUUUUUAGCAUCCGGCGGGCGACGCGAGCGACAAAAUGGUCUUCCUGUUUGCGGGUUCCUACGAGCGGUUCAUUUUCGGAUAUUCGGCAAAUGCGGACUGCUCGGAGCCUCAGGAGAUUGUAAAGCGGUACACAUUUGCCGCGCACAAGUCUGCUGUCAAGUGCUGUGUGGCUGGCGGCCCCUACGUGGCCAGUGGCGGCGCGGACGACCUGAUCCACCUGUACGACAUGGUGGCGGAGCGCGACCUGGGCUCGCUCAUGAACCCCUGCGACGGCGCAGUGCCCUGCCUGCAGUUCUUCACGCCAGAGGGCCGCUCCACGCCCAGCCACAUGCUGGGCGGCAGUGCGGACGGCGCCAUCAACAUCUGGAGGUGCCGCGACUGGGAGCACCUCAAGGUGAUGCGCGGCCACAAGGGCGCCGUCAACGCACUGGCGGUGCACCCCAGCGGCAAACUGGCACUGUCCGUGGCGAGGGACGCCGCCAUCCGCAUGUGGAACCUGGUGAAGGGGCGCUGCACCUACACCACCCGCCUGGAGGCGGAGGCGGAGGCAGUGGCCUUCUCACACAGCGGCGACGCCUACUCGCUGCUCGCCGGCAGCCGCAUAUCCGUGUUCAGCACGGACGGCGAGGGCGGCCUCAAAGCCACCUACACGGCGCCGCGCCGCAUCCUGUGCACGGCGUCACAGUCGGACAACCUGAUGCUGCUGGGUCUGGAGGACGGCAGUGUGCGGGUGUGGGACGUGCGCACCAGCGGCGUGGUGGGCGGCUGGGAGCGGGCACACGCCAGCCGGGUGCGCGGCAUGGCCAUACUCAAGGAGGGCGCAAACGACCUGCCGGCCUCGCUCGCCACCGCCUCCAGCGACGGAACCAUCAAGCUGUGGGACACGCGCAAAUUAGGUGGCGGCAGCGGCGGCGGCGCCGCCGCCAGCGGUGCGGAUGCCGCGGCGCCGGCGGUGUGCACGGCGCACGUGUCCAGCGGCGCCCGCAUCACGUGUCUGGCCGCGGUGGAUCCAGACCAGGUGGUGGCGGCGCGGACCAAGCCCGCCACGCCGGCGGCGGCGGCGGCGGGUAGCGGCAAGAAGGCGGCGGCGGCAGCGGCGGCAAGCGGCGAUGCGAAGCCGGCUGAGAAAAAGGCCAAGGGUGGGCAACAGCUGGGCGCAAAGCCCCAGCCGCAAAAGCCAAAGGUGGCAGCAGCACAGCAGCAGCAACAGCAGCAGCCCAAGAAGCAACAGCAACAGCAGCAACAGCAGGUAAAGCCCGGAAAGGGCCCAUCCAGCCAGGGCGGUGGGCGGCAGGGCGCCGGUGGCGGCCGUGGCGGCGGCCGCGCUGGCGGGCGGGGCGGCGGCCGCGGCGGCCGUGGCGGCGCAGCUCCUGCCGAUGACGACUUUGAAGUCGUGCCCGCUCCUCGGUACGACAAUGAAAGUCACAGGAACGGUGACGGUGACGGUGCCGAGGCUGGGACGAAAAAGGGCAAGAAGCGACCGGCGUAUCGAGGCGGCGACGACGGCGAUGGCGAGGAGCCGGCCGGCCCCAGCGGGCGCGAGGGGCACAGCAGCGGCGCGGGAGCGAGCGGCAAGGUUGGGAAAGGGCCAGGCGUGAAGCCGGCAGCGGCGCCGGGCGGGCGGCUAAGUGGCGCGGGCGGGCAGGCGCCGCCGGCUAAGAAGAUGAAGACGGGCCCUGGCGGGGGCGGCGGUGGCGGCGGCGGCGGCGGGGAUCGUGGUGCUGGUGGCGGCGGCAGGGGCGCGGCUGGUGCUGGCGGCCGCGGCGGUAGCCGGGGUGGUGGCCGGGGUGGUGGCCGGGGAGGCCGGGGCGGUGGCGGCGGUCGUGGGGGGCGGGGCGCGGGGGCGAAGGGCUCGUUCCAGAAGGGGCGGAAGGACUGAUGGGCGUGUGGGAAGGUCUGAUGGGUGCAUGGCGACAUGCACCAGGGCCAGAUGGAAGAGAGCGAAAAAGCGUACGGGUGGAUCGAGCAGCAGCUCAAGUGCCAGAAUGAAUACGCUUGGUGGUGGAGUUGCCGAAGGGUGGGGAAGGGCCGGGUGUGUAAACCAAGCUUGGU